ACAGCCACGUGACGCCCCCUGUCGGAUAAAUGUCUAUUGGCAGCAGAUUGAGGAGCAGAAAAGGCUUCCGCAGUCUGCCUCGGCUCUGCCAACUUUACUUCUUUUUUCACAUUUAUAUAUAUAUAAAGAAACUUUGCACCCAGCGUCAACCGGUCGGGCAACGAUCUACGAGUCCGCGUGCACCAGUCCGCAUCAGGGAGCGGCGAGAACAAAACUGGGACGAGUCUGCAAAGUGGAUCUGCAAAGUUGUCGAUGAGGAUAAAAGAGAAGGAGGGACCCCCUUAGCAAGGAGUGCGGGCUCUCUGGUACCGACUUCUGCUCCCCUUGGCCAUUCUGAGCCGCUCCACUAGGGGGUCUGAGAGACUGGAGCGUUGCUACCGACAGAGAGAUUGAAGACACUGGGCCAAUCACUUCAACAAUGACUCUAGGUGCCGACAUGUCUGAUCACUCACUGCUCUCCGAGGAUACGGAUAUAGAUGUGGUCGGUGAUAUGAACGGCAAGGAAGGGAAAUAUGGUCACUUUCAUUCUGACAACGAUUCAGAUGAAAACUUAACCAGAAACGUGUCGGAGAACGUUGAAUCGCCGGACAUGUCCGGCGUGUCUGACCCAAGUACAAACAGGGCAAAUGACAAACCGUGUAAGAGUACCCUGGUCAAACCUCCUUAUUCUUACAUCGCUCUGAUCACUAUGGCCAUUCUCCAGAGUCCCAAGAAGAGGCUGACACUGAGUGAAAUCUGCGAGUUUAUCAGUAAUCGUUUCCCUUACUACAGGGAAAAGUUUCCCGCCUGGCAGAACUCCAUCCGACACAAUCUGUCUCUCAACGACUGCUUUGUGAAAAUACCUCGGGAGCCCGGGAAUCCCGGCAAGGGCAACUACUGGACCCUCGACCCAGAUUCUGCAGAUAUGUUUGACAACGGCAGCUUUCUUCGGAGGAGGAAACGGUUCAAAAGGCAGCAACCGUCCGAGAUCUUGAGAGAUCACGGCAGUUUCAUGCCAAGUUUUGGAUAUGGACCUUAUGGCUGCGGUUACGGCAUCCAGCUACAAAAUUUCCACCACCCCCAUCACCAUGCCUCACCGAGCACCUUCCCAUUCCAGCCUCCACACUGUACGGUACCAUCUCCAGCGUCAAUGUUCCCGACUUCAGCCAUCCCUUCGCUUUUACACAGCAACGACCUAACCAGGAAAUCCUUCUACCCGCAGCUGAGUCCCACUCUACCAAACCUGCAAGGAUUGAAAGCAGACCCCAGCCAGUCCAGGCCUUCCUUCUCUAUAGACAACAUCAUUGGGGCUGCUCCGUCAAAUGGCCCCGGGUCACCUUACUCAGCUCCGCCUGGAAGCCAAGCCCAGGUCCUGGCAAUGUUGACUCCGGCACUCACGCAGUCCCAGAACCCUCUAAACUUAACGCACGAGAAUGUUCUACAGUCUGGACAGACCUUUUCAAGUAAACUCACAAAUCUUAACACCUGUCACUAUUAAAUUUCUCGUCCCGUGUAAGGUAGGAAUUAUACCUUUUGAAUAUUUGGAACCACAAAAGUAUGCUUCUGCUGUGGAAGACAAGAUAUAUUUAUCGUAUGUAUAUAUGUAAAGAUACCUGGGGAAUAUUGAAUUAUCAUUGUCAUACUUCCUAGUGCUGUCUGUACUGAAUGUCAUAUGAUCCACUAUGCUGUGUGAGCACUGUUGAAGGACGAUUAGGGACCCUCAGGAUUGUUGAAAUAAUUUUGAUGUAAAAUUCGCGAAUUAGGAUGAAACCGAUGAAUGGGGAAUUAAACGAAUCGUCUAAUAUUUUUGUUGCCUUUAAUCCCUAACUGUCUGGUUUUAUGGGUUUUUGGGUAAUUAUUUGUAUAUAGGUAUAGGAAAGAUGUACAACUUUCACACUUCCUGCCUGCUGUCUCGUUGGUUGUACAUCGAUUUAUUUUACGAGGAAAAUCUGUGAACAAUACAGUGCUAUAUGUUUAAAAUACCCACCAGGUCGUUUGGUGUAAAUUAAUAAAUGUUUUUAACACUGAAAA